AUGACAAUCUCUCUGCCGCUGCGUAAGCGAGUUAAAGUGAAAGAUAUGUCUUUGUUGCUCUUAAAUACACCAUGUCCUACAAUAGAAACAGUCGCACAGUGUAUUGGGGUACUAGUGUCGUCAUUCCCAGGGGUACAGUAUGGUCCACGUCAUUACAGGUCACUUGAAAAGGACAAAAUAAGGGCUUUACAGAAGUCAAGGGGUAAUUAUAGUGCCCAACUGCAGCUUUCGAAGGAAAGCAAAACUGAUCUCCAAUGGUGGAUCAAUAAUGUUGAUAGUGCUAUGGCUCUCAUUUCGCACCUACCUCCAUCAGUCAUCCUUACAUCUGAUGCUUCAAAGAAAGGAUGGGGAGGUAUUAGGUAUGACAAAGAUGGCACUAUAAUGCAAUCAGCAGGGGGAAGAUGGUCAGAAUUAGAAGCUAAUCAACAUAUCAAUGUCUUAGAACUGAAGGCUGCAUGGUUUUCUUGUUUAGCAUUGUGCAGAAACGAGAAGAAUUGUCAUAUACGCAUUAAUAUAGACAACACCACUGCGAUUGCAUACAUAUCGCACAUGGGGGGUAAAACUCCAACUUGUAAUGCAUUAGCAGGGCAAAUAUGGGACUGGUGUGUUGACAAUAAGUUAUGGUUAUCAGCUGCGCAUAUAGCAGGUCGAAAUAACUCUGACGCAGAUCUUGAGAGCAGACUUGAGCAUGACAAUACUGAAUGGAAGCUAGAUUCCAAUUUAUUUCAUAAGGUCACUCAACAGUUUGGUAAGCCUGAGAUGGAUCUUUUUGCGAGUCGUCUCAACAAUCAACUGCCAAAGUAUGUCUCUUGGCGUCCUGAUCCAUAUGCUCUAGCUCAAGAAGACAUUGACUCAUCCUCAUCAGAGGGAAAAACAACCGCCCAGGAUGACACUUCUAGCAUGCAAGGUUUCCGGAGUGCAAUCCAAAAAUGGAGACUUUCUCAAGAGACUCAAUCAAUCUUGUUGUCCUCAUGGCGUGAUGGAACCUACAAACAAUACAACACUUACAUUCAGAAGUGGUAUCAGUAUUCAGACCAGAGGUCAUGUGAUCCCAUGUCACCAUCUGUGACGGACAUAUUGGAAUUUCUCACAAAUUUAUUCCAUGGAGGCAUUGGGUAUAGUGCACUGAAUACGGCGCGGUCAGCCUUAUCAACAUUUAUAUAUAUUGACAAUCUACCGUGUGGAAACCACCCCUUAGUGAAAAGGUUUUUACCAGGUGUAUUUCAACUACGACCAGCGCUACCGCGUAAUGCUGUUACAUGGGACCCUCAACAAGUACUCGUGUUCCUGGAACAUUUAGAUUGUGCUACAAUUAAAAAUCUCACCCUGAAGCUUACUGUGUUGUUGGCAUUGUUGACAGGGCAACGGGCCCAGUCAUUACAUCUGUUAGACUUGAGAAACAUAACAAUUGAUGCAGAGUCAGUAAAAAUCCGGUUUGGUGACAAAUUGAAACAUACAAGACCUGGGCACCAUCAACAGGAAAUUGUACUUAAUUCCUUUUCUACUCCAGAGUUGUGUAUUGUUAAUGUACUUACACGAUACUUGGCUCAAACUGAACAGCUCCGAGUAGGGGCCACCCAGUUGCUCAUAAGCUACCAAAAGCCUUAUAAACCGGUGACUCGUGCAACCAUAUCCAGAUGGAUUAAGACAGUGUUGUCCCAGGCUGGGAUUGAUAUGACAAUUUUUACGCCACAUAGUACGAGGUCAGCUUCUACUUCCGCUGCACUACGGACUGCAGUACCUUUGAGUACUAUCCUUAAAACAGCAGGUUGGACAAAUAAGUGUACCUUUGGGACAUACUAUAACAAACCUGUGACAGACCCUGUCUACAAGAUUUGUUUGUAA